AUGGAUUCUGCAGAGAAGGGUCUGCUUGCAAAGAGCGAGGAAGAAGAAGUCAAGAAGAAAGAUGGUUAUUUCCAGGAGAUGAAGAGGCUUGGUUACAUUGCUGGUCCGAUGGUUGCAGUAAACUUGUCUAUGGAUUUUCUUCAAGUGAUAUCUAUAGUGAUGAUUGGUCAUCUCGGUGAGCUUUUCCUUUCUAGCACCGCCAUUGCUGUUUCUUUCUGCAGCGCCACUGGUUUCAGCCUUGUCUUUGGAUUGGCUAGUGCAAUGGAGACUCUAUGUGGCCAAGCUUAUGGAGCUAAACAGUAUGAGAAACUUGGAGUACAUACUUACACAACGAUUCUCUCUUUGUAUCUUGUGUGUAUUCCUUUGUCUGUGCUAUGGAGUUACAUGGGUGCUAUACUCUCUCUCAUUGGACAAGAUCCUGUGGUUGCUCAAGAAGCUGGGAAAUUUGCAACUUGGCUCAUACCUGCCCUCUUGGCUUACGCCACUUUGCAGCCGCUUGUACAGUUUUUCCAAGCGCAGAGUCUGAUUUUCCCGUUGAUUAUAAGCUCAAUCUCUGCUGUCUGUGUCCACGUUUCCCUCUGCUGGAGCUUGGUCUUUAAGUUUGGGUUUGGGAUCCGCGGUGCAGCUAUAGCGAUUGGGGUUUCUUACUGGGAAUGA